CCGCAGGACAGGCGGCGGUUGGUGGCGCCGGCGCCGCAUCUUAUCAAAGUAAUCCAGCUGACGGCGGCCCCAACGACGCCGUCGAUUACUUCUUCACCGCUCGUGGCUACCGCGGCCUCUUUUCGCGGAUCGAGGAUACAAAAACACUGAAGUGGAUGCUCUAUGAAGGAAUGCAUGAAGAGCCAAUUGAUAAUUUUUUCCACAGGCUUGUACCACCAGAUUUGUAAGUUUAGCCAAGCUGAGGUCAGUUCGAGCUUUGGCCAAAUUGUAGAACCAUUGGCCACAUUGAUCACGGACUAAAGCCUUUACCAUAAGCCCAAUGUCUUACAGUUGGAAUAUCAUUAUCUGCUUCAAACUUGCGUGAUCGGGAUUUGCUUUCCAAGGCAUGUGAGACACUCCCGUUAGUUUGGAUGGAAAAUGUUACUGUAGCAUUUUAGUCCAAAAUCAUAUGGGAGGCAUGUGGCUAUUUUUAAAAGACAAGGGGGCAAGUGCUAUUGGGUCAUACCACAAGCGGAGUGAUCCUAUGGCGGUUGUUUACACAAAAGGAAGAGAUGGUGCGCUUCAAGAGCUUGGCCGUACCGAAGUAGUGUUAAAUUCAUUGAAUCCCAAGUGGAUCAGAAAGCAUACCGUUACAUAUUAUUUUGAGGUGGUGCAGACUUUGGUGUUUCGUGUGUAUGAUGUUGACACUCAGUUUGACAAUGUAGAUGUAAAGAUGCUUAAACUGGAUGAGCAGCAAUUUCUUGGUGAGGCUACUUGUGCCUUGUCUGAGAUAGUCACCAAAUCAAACAGGUCAGUGACCUUAGAUCUUGUAUGUAAAAAUGUAUCUGUUGGAUCAAAUCGUCCCAGAAAUUUGGGUGCACUCACUGUUCAUGCUGAAGAAUUGGUCAACUCAAAGACUACGACAGAGUUGAUAUUGAGGUGUUCAGAUUUGGAAUCUAGGAAUAUGUUCUCAAAAAGUGACCCUUUUCUGGUAAUCUCGAAAAUUGUGGAGAGUGGGAUCUCUAUUCCAAUUUGCAAAACUGAGGUUUUGAAAAAUGAUCUGUAUCCAGUAUGGAAAUCGGUAUUUCUUAAUAUUCAACAGGUUGGAAGCAAGGACAGUCCAUUAAUUAUAGAGUGUUUUAACUUCAACAGCAAUGGCAGACAUGACUUACUUGGAAAGGUUCAGAAAUCACUAGCAGACUUAGAAAAGCUUUGUUCUGUUGGGCAUGGGGAACAUUUAUUCUUACCAACUGCCGUUGGGCAUACUCAUCAAAAUAAGGUCUUAAAGAGUCAGCUAUUUGUGGACAAGUUUUCUGAGAGUGUCCAACAUUCAUUCCUGGAUUACUUGUCUGGUGGAUGUGAACUGAAUUUCAUGGUCGCCAUUGAUUUCACAGCUUCAAAUGGAAAUCCCCGCCUUCCUGAUUCCUUGCAUUAUAUCGACCCUUCUGGACGGCCAAAUGCAUACCAGAGAGCAAUCUUAGAGGUUGGAGAGGUGUUGCAGUUUUACAAUUCAGACAAGAGCUUUCCUGCGUGGGGUUUUGGAGCCCGGCCAAUCGAUGGUCCAGUCUCUCAUUGUUUCAACUUAAAUGGAAGCAGCACUUACUGUGAGGUUGAAGGAGUCCAAGGAAUUAUGACGGCGUAUACAGGUGCCCUGUUUAAUGUUUCACUUGCUGGGCCAACGCUUUUUGGACCUGUGAUUAGCAUUGCUGCACAGAUAGCUGGCCAGUCUCUUGCAAAUGAUGAACUAAAGUACUUUGUUCUGUUAAUAAUAACGGAUGGAGUUAUAACAGAUCUCCAAGAAACAAAAGAUGCCCUUGUGAAGGCUUCAGACCUACCAUUGUCAAUCCUUAUUGUUGGAGUUGGAGGAGCAGACUUUAAAGAGAUGGAGAUUUUGGAUGCGGACAAAGGUGAGAGACUUGAAAGUUCAAAUGGACGUGUGGCAUCACGCGAUAUAGUCCAGUUUGUUCCAAUGCGAGAUGUGCAGAGUGGGGAGUUCUCUGUUGUUCAAUCGCUUUUAGCAGAAUUACCUUCUCAAUUUCUAACCUACAUGCGAACCAGAGAUUGGAGGGAGUCUUGUUGGUGCAUUUAUGGAAGGGAAAUGCUAGGCAGUUGUUAAUAUUGUAUGUGUAAAAAGUUCAUUAAAAUAUGUGAAAUAUGUAUUGGAGUUUUAAUUUUAAUUUUUUUUGAUGUUAUUUAGUUCUUAA